UCUUUGAACACUGGCGGCGGGCGUGCACUCAGUCCCCAGCACGCUUGAGAGCAGGGGCCGCCAUCUCCAUGGCCACGGCUCCGAGUGGGCCCUGCGUUGGCGGGGCGCGGGACAUCCUUUGGCGCGUUUUGGGUUGGAGGAUAGUUAGAAGUAUCAUUUGGUCGGUGUUGCUUCUGCCCGUCUGUACCACAGCCUUUAUAAUCUUCACCAGCGUUGAUGUGUUCCAUCCUAUACAGUGGCUGUCAGAUUCGUUCAAUGACUUAUGUAGUUCCCGUGUCAUCUUCUACCUCCUGCUGCUAUCAGUGGUAAUUAUAAUAAUAAGUAUCUUCAAUGUGGAGUUCUAUACAGUUGUGCCCACCAUCCCCGGCUCCCGACUGGCCCUGAUAGGGAGGAUCCUUCACCCUCAGCAGCUCAUGCACUCCUUCAUCCAUGCUGCCAUGGGAAUGGUGGUGGCGUGGUGUGCGGCCAUCAUCACCAAGGGCCAGUACAGUUUUCUCGUGGUUCCCUGUACUGUAACUGAGAGUUUAGAUAGCCCUGCUGCCCAAACCUGCAUGAAUGAACAUCACCUGUUUUUCCUCCUGGCUGGAGCAUUCAUGGGCUACAGCUACAGUCUUAUGUAUUUCAUUAACAACAUGAAUUAUCUCCCGUUUCCCAUUAUACAGCAGUAUAAAUUUUUGCGCUUCAGAAGAUCUCUCCUCUUACUAAUUAAACAUAGCUGUGUGGAAUCCCUGUUUGUGGUCAGAAAUUUCUGCAUUGUGUAUUAUUUUUUUGGCCAUAUUCCCAAAGCUUGGAUUAGCACUGCUAUGGACCUUCACAUAGAUGAGCAGGCUCACAGGCCUCUUGACACCAUAGGCGGCCUCCUUAAUGUCUCGUUACUCUACCAUGUUUGGCUCUGUGGUGUCUUCCUCUUGAUGACUUGGUACAUCUCAUGGAUACUCUUCAAAAUCUAUGCCACAGAGGCUUAUGUGUUCCCUGUUCAGCCUCCAUUUGCAGAGGAAUCGGAUGACUGCCUCCCGAAAGUCCUGAACAGCAGUCCUCCUCUCAUCGUAAAGUAUUUGGCCUUACAAGACCUGAUGUUACUUUCUCAAUAUUCUCCUUCUCGAAGGCAAGAAGUUUUUAGCCUCAGUCAACCAGGUGGACAUCCCCAUAACUGGACUGCCAUUUCGAGGGAGUGUUUGAGUCUUUUAAAUGAUAUGACUCAGAAGCUGGUUCUCUACCAAGAGGCUGCUGCUACAAAUGGGAGGAUGUCUUCAUCAUACUCAGUGGAGCCCAAGAAACUGACUUCCCCAGAAGAAACCACUUUUCAGACACCAAAAUCUAGCCAGAUGCCUUCAGUGCCACCGCUGGUUAAAACAUCGCUGUUUUCUCCAAAAUUAUCCACACCCGAUGCUUCAAAUCCUUUUGGAACCCCAUUUGGCUCCAGUGUAGUGAAUCGAAUGGCUGGAAUCUUUGAUGUGAACACCUGCUAUGGGUCUCCCCAAAGUCCUCAGCUGAUAAGAAGAGGGCCACGGUUAUGGACUCAUGCUUCUGAUCAGCAAAUGUCUGACUUUUCUAAUCCUUCUCCUUGUACCUCUGUCACUGCUGAGCGGAAGACGGUGAGACAGCCCAGUGUGAUUUACUCGUGGAUUCAGAACAAGCGUGAACAGAUUAAGAAUUUCUUGUCAAAACGGGUGCUGAUAAUGUACUUUUUUAGCAAGCACCCAGAGGCCUCUAUUCAGGCUGUUUUUUCAGAUGCCCAAAUGCAUAUUUGGGCUUUAGAAGGUCUGUCUCACUUAGUAGCAGCAUCGUUUACAGAAGAUAGAUUUGGAGUUGUCCAGACCACACUUCCAGCUAUCCUUAAUACUUUGUUGACCCUGCAGGAGGCUGUCGACAAGUACUUCAAGCUGCCUCAUGCUUCUAGUAAACCACCCCGAAUUUCAGGAAGCCUUGUGGACUCCUCCUACAAAACAUUAAGGUUUGCCUUCAGGGCCUCACUGAAAACUGCUAUCUACCGCAUAGCCACAACGUUUGGUGACCAUCUGAAUGCUGUGCAAGCAUCUGCAGAACAUCAGAAAAGACUUCAACAGUUCUUGGAGUUCAAAGAAUAGGUUCUUCCCAUUUCCACGUCUUCUGGGUGAAAGUGUAUUUGAUAGCAGUAUGAAUAUUUCUGGAUGCGCUUGCUGUGUAUGAGAUAGAGACCACAACACUGCCCCUCCCUUCAGAUCUGCUUUGCAUUUGGAAGGUGGCAGGGGGUCAGCCUUUUUCUCCAUUCUCUGUUGGUGGACGAGGGUAUUCUUAAAAGGUACCCUUCUUCCUGCACAAAGGAGGACCUGAGGGAGGCCGAGAGGAGAGAAUCAUUUCCUUUGGUGAAGUUGCUUCCUGAUGACAAGUCUGCUGAUGUGAUGGCCUGAAAAAUCAGAGUCUUUGAAAACCUUUGAUUUUUAUCAGCACCUAUGUUUGCGACUCUAAUGGGACUUUGAGAACCACAAAGCUGCUUUUGCCGAGUUGUGGGAAGCUUGUAGAAUAAACCUUAUUCUGGUGAGUAGACACGGAGAAGGCCUCUGGAUCCUGUGCUGGAUUCCUUCACGAGUGUUUGUGUGUCUUCCUGCUACUAUUUAUGACAAUCUGUUUAUAUCCUUUUGUAUGUCAUUGAUACUGAAUUGGUUGAAGAAUAAAAUGACAAUUCUUAACUGAAA